CAUGGGAGCUUGCUUAUUCGCUUGCUUAUUCGCUUGCAGUUCACAGAAUCGAUUCUGUGUUGGUCCUAAUUCUGGAGUCCCGGAGAAGCUUGGCCUUCCCUUUCCCCAUUCAAACUCCAAUUUGCUGCAGACGGGGCCGUGCUUCCAUCCGGUAGUGUGCUUAGGGAGCAUAAUGGGUGACUUUUCCAUUCAGAUUAGUUCAAACCUUGUUGAUAUGCUAAUCGUUGAUACUGAAAAACCAAAACGAACACCAAGAAGAAAUAGAACCAAGGCACCACAAGAGAGUAAAAAACCCCAAAUAAAGGUUGAUCAGAAGCAUACAUCUGAUGAUUCUGGAAUGCUGAAAGGAGGAAGCAGAAGUGAUGGAUGGCCACACCGGCCUCCUUCGCUCUUCCUUCCUGUGCAUCCUGCAAACGCCGAGAUAGAUGCUAUCCAAUCCGUGCUGCAAGAGAGCGAAAAGGUAGUGGAGAAUUUGCAGAAGCAGGAGGAUAACUUGCGGCAGGAAGUCACUCAAAGGGCUAAAGACCUCCAUGAGGAGGAGUUCAAGCUCCCUUACCAGAAGCCUAUGCCUUGCUUGGCUGAAAGCGAAGCUUGCUUUCAAUGCUACAAAGAUUAUCCUAAUGACCUCUUGAAAUGUGCUCGUCUUGUAAAAAGUUUUGCCAGUUGUAACCGCCAAGCUCGGCAGCAAAUGAGCUCGGUCGAGCAAUAGGAUUGGCAUCUGAGAGCAUUGUGAUUUACUGAUUUUGCCAACAGAAAUAACCCAAAGACAAGAAGACAAUUGGGGGUUGCUUUUAGCCAAAUUUGUGCAGUCUUAAAAUUUAGGUUUGAUGAUGAAAGCAAUUUGGGUGGGUGUGUGGUUUUAUUAGGAAACAAGAUUAAUUUCCAGUUGUUUACGUA